AUGGGGAGCCUAACCUCCUGCGCCCGGCCGGAGGAGGAGGAAGAGCAAGAAGAGCAGCGCUCCUGUCACGGUGCCUUUGAUCUGUACUUCGUCCUGGAUAAGUCUGGAAGUGUCAGAAAUCAUUGGACUGAGAUUUACUCUUUUGUGGAAAGCCUAGCUGAGAAGUUCAUAAGUCCAAUGUUGCGGAUGUCUUUCAUAGUUUUUUCUUCACGAGGCACUACAGUCAUGAAACUAACAGAAAACAGGGAAGCCAUAAGACGAGGGCUCGACAUUCUUCAGUAUGAAGUGCCUGGAGGAGACACGUUCAUGCAUGAAGGAUUUAAAAGGGCAAAUGAGCAGAUUUACCACGAAACCUACGGAGGAGUUCGGACCGCUAGCGUGAUUAUUGCUCUGACGGAUGGAGAAUUGCAAGAUGUUCAGUUUUAUUAUGCAGAACAAGAAGCCAACAGAGCCAGAAGCUUUGGAGCUAUUGUUUAUUGUGUUGGAGUGAAAGAUUUCAAUGAAACUCAGCUGUCAACAAUUGCUGACAGCAUCGAUCAUGUUUUUCCAGUUACAGGAGGCUUUUAUGCCCUGAGAGGAACAAUUGAUUCAAUUCUCAAGAAAUCUUGCAUUGAGAUCCUAGCGGCUGAACCAUCGAGCGUUUGUGCAGGAGAAUCAUUUCAAGUUGUGGUAAGAGGCAACGGCUUUUAUCAUGCAAGAAACAUCGACCAGGUACUCUGCAGCUUCAAGCUCAAUGACAGCCUUACUAUCAAUGAAAAGCCGACCCUUGUUCACGAUACUUACUUACUUUGUCCUGCCCCAGUGAUAGAAGAUGCUGGACAGGUGGUUUUCCUACAAGUCAGCAUGAACAACGGGCUAACAUUCAUCUCCAGCUCUGUCAGCAUCACCAGCACAUACUGUCUGACUGGGACCAUCCUUUUCAUUGCUCUGCUGAUUCUCUUUCUGCUGCUGGCUCUGGCUCUUCUGUGGUGGUUCUGGCCCCUUUGCUGCACGGUGGUGAUCAAAGAGCCGCCGCCACCAACACCUCCAGAGCCUGAAUCAGAUGAUGAAGAUGGAUUGCCAAAGAAAAAGUGGCCAACUGUGGACGCAUCUUAUUAUGGAGGUCGAGGUGUUGGUGGGAUUAAGAGGAUGGAGGUGCGGUGGGGAGACAAGGGGUCAACAGAGGAAGGAGCAAAAUUGGAGAAGCCCAAAAAUGCUAUUAUUAAGUUGCCAGAACAGGAGUAUGAGCCAUGGGAACCCAAGCCGAAAAAGCCCCAUGUAAGAAAACCACCUUCCCAGCGGAAAUGGUACACUCCUAUCAAGGGCAAACUUGAUGCACUGUGGGCUUUGGUUCGACGAGGCUAUGAUCAAGUCUCUCUUAUGAGACCGCAGCCAGGGGAUAAGGGAAGAUGCAUAAACUUCACUCGGGUGAAAUCAGAUGGAACCUCUGCCCCUUACAGCCCACCACCAAAGCUGCCGCGGCGCAACGAUGUUCCUCUCAACAAUGCUCCAAGGAAUCCUUCUCCUCCUGUGUCUCUGCAGCCCCCUUCCAGACAGCCACCUCCUGGACCACCCCCAUCCCGAGCCCCUCCUGGACCUCCUCCUUCACGCCCACCCCCGCAGCCCAUGGCUUAAAGUGCAGCAAAAGCCUGAUCAACAAAACAUGUCUCUUUGCUGAACACGGCAUAUUUAUUGAGUAUUGGUUUACAGUUAAAGAUAUCAGAAUUUGUUGCUGGUCAGCAAAAAAAGAAGAAAGAAAAAAAAAAAAGAAAAAUUGCCAAGUGUCAAUUUUAGUGUAUGAAUAUAUUUAUACCACACAUGCUGCGUAAACAUUCAGUGGAUAGAUUCAGAGCUAUGGGGUAUAGAAACAAACCAAAAUGAUCAUCUAGAUACAGUAUCAGCUUUUGUAUGUAUACAUUUGAAGAUCUAUUUACAUAUAUGACAUUUGUCUGACUUGGUAUGUCAGAUCAUUCAUUAAUAACUUUAGCCGGUACACGUGCAUCAGUUGUUUUGAUAGCUGCCACCUGCAAGUUGGUUAAACAUAGUUCACUGAGGAAUUUGCUUUCUUUUCCCCAACAGUACUGCAUCCAGAUGUUAAUAUGGAACAAUAAUUGCAAAGAUAACUUUCUGCCUUUGGUUCUGCAGGUGGAAUUUCCAUGAAAGUUUAUAAGAAGGCUAUAACAAUAAUGAGGUAAGAUGAGACUAUGUGCCAAUAAU